GGAGGGCUCCAUGGAACGGCCGAUCCAUAGGGUGCGGGGCUGUCGCCGCCCGCAGGAGCCGCCGCCGCCUAUUGUUCAUGCGGCUCCGCAGAGCUGGGGGGACCCCCCUCCCCCGACGGCGGCCGCAGCAGCUCCAGCCAUUGGUCCGUGGUACCUGUCCAUUUCCUGCGAGAGUUCAACACCUCCCGGCAGGAAGAGGAUGCGGCCUCAUUGGGCGCAUGAGCAGGGAUGGGUGGAUCCUCAAAGCUUGAGCUCCGCAUGGCCAACGGGAGCCGAUGAUCUUCCUACUGACUGUCAUCAGGAGGUCCGAGGAAGCCUAAUUCCCCAUCACAAUGCCCACGUCCUCCGCCUCACUUCCUCUCACCACCGAGGCUGUUAUCACCUCACGUCACUGCAAGCAGCAGGAGGGUGGGAUGCUGCCCUAUUCAUGAAUCCUUGGAUAAAGCCAAAGAUCUUUAAACUUCACUCAGCUGCCUCUUCCUUAAAACGGGGAUCUCAAGCCACACUUACCUUGUUGCGGAGGACGACACCGGAUUGUUUCUCAAGAUCUCUCCCAGCGCUGAAGAAACAAAGCUGAACAGAGGAAUGGAGUCUCCCAGCAAGGUGGGGAGGAGGAAUCAAGAGCCUGGGAUUUCCAGAGCCUUCUUGGUUGGUACCCCUGAAAGCAGACUGCCAAGUGGGGCCUAUGCAGCAUAAAUGUGGGGCCCCCAACCGUGUCUGACAGUAGUAAUAUCACCUUCGGGGCCCUUAGGUAAUUCCGGCCCUGCAUAAUCACCCUGCUAGAAUCCCACUGCUUCCUGCAGAUAUCGCUUCCUCUGCACAGCGGACUCCUUUCACACCUAGCUCCAAAGCUUCCCACACAGGGAACCCUUUCAUGGGUAUCCUAAAGACACACAGGAGGCUUCCUCUCAGGGCCAUGCAGGACUGACCCAUCCUCAGAGCCCCCCACACUUUGCACUGCCUUCUGCUCUCCAUCCUGGACCAUCAGACCUUUGAGGGAGAAGAUUGGCCUCUUUACCUUUGUGGGGCACAAUUUCUGUAUGUCCUCCUUGAAUGGAGAGAGAUAAUAGUACUCCUAUAAUGAUCUCCCAUCUAUAAAGAGUUUUCCCCUACAUUUUCUUGAGCCCUCACACAGCCUGGGGAGUGUGGACACAAAGAGGUAAAGGGACUUGGUCGUUUGGUGAGUGGCAGAACUGGAAGAUCCAGCCCAGUUCAGAGAUCAUGAAACCCUUGUCGGUGUCCCUGACUGCUUCCUGUCAUCUAGUAGAAAGCUCCCCAGGACAAGUGUGUCCCCUUCCACUUCUUUCUCCUUUCUCUCCCAUCAAGUUCGAAUGUCACACAGCCAUGAUAGCUGAGUCAAGUCCCAAGGAAAUGAAAGUGUUAGUAACCUGCCUUCUUUCCUUGCUUGUCUACCUCCUCUGGGGAAGACCCUUUCUGGAGAGCUGAGGCUGUUCUGGAAGCAUCUAACGUCAGGGCCUGGACCCUCUGCCUUAAGAUAUGAUCUUUCUGAGCUGUUGCAGGCCCUCUCACUCAGCUGCCAACCUGGGCUAAGCCACAGCAUAACUGGGGGCUCUUGAGGGCUCGUCUGUAUUGUAAUACUGUGCACCUCAGUUUUCUCACCUGUAAAAAUAGGAAUUCAACUGAAUAAGCAUCAGUUAGAUGCCACCAGGUACAGAGCCCGGAGCUAGGUACUGGGGAUAGAGAAGCAAAGAUAAAUAGGAUACAGUCUCUGUCCUCAAUAAAUGUGAAGUCAAGUGGGAAAGACAAGAAUUGAAAAACAGACACCAUGGCAGAGUGAAAUCAAGUAGAUAUGAAAGAAAGACUCUUACCUGAUUUGCCUACCUCACACAGUUAGGUCAAGAAUCAAGAAUUCUUAAAGCACUGUACAAAUAUAAGCAAAGAUUACACUAUUUGGCUUCUGCAGGAGACACCAAUUGGGUUGUCUGCCCACAUCCCCCUUCCUUUCCAAGAACUGCUCCUAGAGCCAAAUUCAUAAUGUAAUGGCACUCCCCCCCCCACCCCACCUCCGCCAUGCAGCGUGGGUCGUUUUGGUUGAUUGAGUCGGGGCAGAUCCCUGGCCCAUGCUGGGCCAUGGAGAGUCCCUGUUCUGGGCUUGGAAUGGGAAUGAAGGUACGGCGGUCUCAGUCACCCUGGGCUUUGAGAAGAGGAGAUACAAGUUCUGGAGGCGUGGACAAGGUAGACCGGAGACCAAGACCUCGGUCUGCUGACAAGGUAGACUGAAAAUGAAAGAAUCCCAAGCUGCCACAUUUGAGUGGAAGAGGGGAGCAGAGGCUCAGAGAGGAAGGAAGACAAGAGGCAGAGGCUCCCUGAUAUUCAGGACGAGGUUCAAGUCUGUCCCUGCCCGUCAGCAAUGAUAUCCCAGUGAGGACCAUCUUUUGCUAAAGAUAGCUCUGUUGGACUUCAAUCACUUGCAACUGAAAGAGUCAUAAUUAAGCAGUUCCUAAAUGAAUUCAACUCAGGCUAGUGUCAAAUAGAAGUCCUCCCCCAGCCCAGGUAAGAGCUGCAUCAUUCAGUCAGUCAGUCAGCCAGCCAGUUCAUGAAUAUUAUUGAAUGCCAGCUGUAACAAGCCUCCUAAGAAGAAAGAGUUGGCUGUACCCUCUAUGAUAUGAGCUACCCCUGGCUGUCAGCCUUCUGGCCAGCCAGCCCUCCAAGCUCCUGAAAUUACCCAGUUGUGCCCUGGGAACACGUUGGUGUUGCCUGAACUUGCUGUCGCUUGCAGUUAUCUCUUAGACGCUAUGAUGUUUGCCCGUCCCUACUCCCCCUUCUGGUAGCAUCUGCUAGACCGCACUCCUACCACGCACAGACUUUGGGGGAGCUUUCCCACCCUACCACAUGCUCUGCUGGUAGGUUGCUAAUCACAGACCCCUCCCCUGAUCACAGGGUGGACACAGGACUUACGCCGGGCAGUCAGAAUCUCUUCCUGGGAAAUCUGAAUUUUGAGCUGAGACAAAUACAGAGGUUCAUCUC